AUGCUGCCCCGAUGGGAACUGUCUUUUUACCUAUUUGCUUCACUAGGCUUCCACUUAUAUUCUUUCUAUGAAGUUUACAAAGUCUCAAGAGAACAUGAAGAGGAACUGGACCGACAGUUUGACCUGGAGGCCGGCACUUUAUUUGGAGGAUUUAAGAAGGACCCAAAUGACUUUGAGUGGAGCUUCUGGAUGGAAUGGGGAAAACGGCAGCUGGUGCGGUUUCUGCUGGGCCACGUGGCUGUGUCUCAGGUGGCCGGCGUGCUUGCAAGGAAGCACAGACCCUGGAUCCUGGGGGCUUAUGGAAUGUGGGCCUCCUGGUGUGUUCUGGGGGCCCAAGGCACGGCCAUAAUUUUUCUCCACACCCUCAUCUCCUUCUGCGUGGCCCAGUUCCAGUCGCAGCUCCUGUCAUGGCUCUGUUCUCUCUUCCUGCUCACCACACUGAGGCUGCAAGAUGUGGAGGAAGUUAAGAGAGGGUGGUACCAGACGGAGAACGAGUACUACUUGCUGCAGUUCACGCUGACCGUGCGUUGCCUGUACUACACCAGCUUCAGCCUCGAGUUCUGCUGGCAGGAGACUGAGAACAGCUUCUACUCCUUUCCCUGGCUGGCGGCCUACGUCUUCUAUUACCCUGUCUUCCACAACGGGCCCAUCCUCAGCUUCCCAGAGUUCAUCACCCAGAUGCAGCAGCAAGAGUACUGCUCGCUGAAGUCCAGCCUUUCGGCCUUUGCCCUGGGGCUGGGUCGCCUCCUCUGCUAUUGGUGGCUGGCAGAGCUGAUGGUUCACCUCAUGUACAUGCACGCCAUCUACAGCAGCGCCCCUCUCCUGAGGGCUGUCUCUUGUUGGACCUUAGGAGGACUGGCAUUGGCUCAAGUGAUCUUCUUCUAUCUGAAGUACUUGGUUCUCUUUGGUGUCCCAGCUCUGCUCAUGCGCCUGGAUGGACUCACACCACCACCCCUCCCUCGCUGUGUGAGCACCAUGUUCAGUUUCACCGGGAUGUGGAGGUAUUUUGACGUUGGACUGCAUGAUUUCUUAAUCAGGUAUGUGUACAUUCCAGUAGGCGGGUCCCAGCAUGGCCUGCUGAGGACACUGUUUGCCACUGCAGUGACGUUUGCAUUUGUGAGCUUCUGGCAUGGUGGCCAUGACUACCUCUGGUGCUGGGCAGCGCUCAACUGGCUGGGAGUCGUCGCGGAGAACACAGUCCAGAGGCUUGUGCAGACCCCGUGCAUCCAGGACAGCUUGAUUCACUUCCUCUCCCCACAAGCCCGCCGUCGAUUCCAUGCCGCCUUUGCGUCUUGUUCCACCUCCAUGCUGAUCCUGUCCAACCUGGUAUUUCUUGGGGGCAGUCAAGUUGGGAAAAUCUACUGGAACAGGAUCUUCAUACAAGGCUGGCCGUACGUGACACUCUCUGUCCUGGGAUUCCUGUACUGCUACUCCCAUGUGGGCAUUGCCUGGUCCCAGACAUACUUGGUGGACUAA